GUUGAGCCUCGGAGCCAGUCCACUUCAUCUCAUACCCGUUUACCAGCCAAUUCAACGUUAGCCUUUAGCACGAUCGCAACUGUCGAUCAAAUUGUGACCACUCAUAUAUCCUAUAUGCCGCUAUAAAGAGUCUAGAUCGGUAAAACGUCGAAAAUACAGUCGAAAUGCUCUUCAUCGGCCUGACUGGGUCCAUCGCGACCGGCAAGUCUACUGUAUCAUCCAUUCUCUCAUCACCGCCUCAUUCCCUGCCCAUCAUUGAUAGUGACAUCCUUGCCCGCAAAGUCGUAGAGCCUGGCACGCCUGGCUACAAUGCCAUCGUCAAGCACUUCGGUCCUACCACUCCAGACCUUCUAGUUCCCGUCUCUGAGUCCAUGCCCGAAGAUGGCGUAGAUGGGAAGGGUAGACCGCUGAACAGACCGGCAUUGGGCAGGCGUGUAUUCGGCGAUGGCGAAGAACAGAAGACAAAUCGAGGUGUUCUAAAUGGGAUUGUGCAUCCCGCAGUGCGCAAGGAGACAUAUAAGGCCAUACUGCGCAAUUACCUGAGCGGACACUGGGCAGUGGUGCUCGAUGUCCCCCUGCUGUUUGAAAGCGGCUGGGAUAGGUUAUCGGGGGUCGUCAUGGUUGUUGCAGUCAAAGACCCAGAGAUCCAGAUGAAGAGGCUGAUGGAGCGCGAUCCCCAUCUCAGCGCCGAAGAUGCAAAGAACCGCGUGCUCAGUCAGACAGAUGUCAGGCUGAAGGCGAAGAGAUGCGAGGCGAGAGGGAAGGGCAAGGGCGUGGUUGUGUGGAACGAUGGUUCACGGAAGGAGCUCAAGGCCAACAUCGACUCCUGCCUGGCAGAAAUCAGAAGGAGCAGCCCGCCAUGGUGGAACUGGCUAUGCCUUCUCUGCCCUCCGCUGGGUGUUGCGGCCGGAACUUGGGUUUAUUGGCAGAAUAUCAAGAUCAAUCAGAGAUGGCAGGAAAUGGAGCUGAAUGAGAAGGCAAGGCUCUAGUUCCCACGCGCAGUCAUUUCUCGGCCAUUCACUGCGGCCAUUCACUGCAGCAAGCAAACCAUCUUUAACAGAUAUUGAUCAUGAUCAAGUCUAAAGGGAACUCUGUUCGC